AUGGGCAAACCACUGAGCCGGCCAGACUGUUUACGGCAGAACCGUACUUGCCUGGGGAAGGGCGAGGAGGAGGAUGGUUAUAUAGAGGAUUGCUACGUGCCCCAGAGGUCGAUAUACGACACGAUGAGAAUUAACGAGCAAAUCGAUCAGGGAUCGAAACUCAACCAGCUUUCCAAGAGUACCCUCGGCAAGGGGGACGGCAGCACCAUAUCCAGUAACGGGACUCUGGGAGCUGCCAACGUCUUCGAGUCCAGGGCACCAGAAACGAAGAAGUUGGACGAGCGGGUCAUCUUCGACGCGCUGAAGCUCAGCAGUGACGUCUCCAAGCCAGCACCGGCUCCACCAAGGAGACGACCGAACCCCGAGAGGAAGGAGAACGUCAACCGGCGGUCGUGGAAAUCCUUCAUGCCGCCGAACUUCACCGAAUUUGCAGAAAGAAUGGGGGCUUCGCUGAGCGAGGUAUCGGAAGCAGGUGCCUCCAACCCUUCCCUGCGGGAUAAGCGGGAGUCGAGUGCCAUGCUCACCGCGUGCCCGGGCCAGCCCGACCACGGCGAGCCCAUGUCCGAGUCUCUCACUUUGGAGCACGUCUCCAAGUCAUCCGGCGUGGCAGAGGCUCUGACGGCCAAGCAGUUCGGUGCAGAUGGCUACGGCGGUCCCCGGGAUGAGCACCAGAACGCCGGUGACGGCCGUGGUCGUGUCAGGGACGUGGCCAGGGCUUGCCGGCUCCCCAGUGCUACUUGGCCACGAGCCAGGAAGAAUUUCAUCAAGGGAAGCCUCAGCGAUGGGCACCAGGAGACCCUGGAGGCCUCCGAGUCGGACUGCACAGUGGAGAACGUCAACCUCUCUCCGUGCCUUAGCGAAGAGCUGCUGGAUGCGGGACUGGAUAUUCUCAUCACCUCCAAUCUCAGGGAGAAAACAGAGUCUGAGCUGAGAUUUGAGGAGGACGAGCGCUGGGUGAUGAUGGAGGAGUGGGAGGAGGCGACGCUGUCAGAGGGAGGAAAGGCUGUUCUGGUGGCAGAGGAGAAGAAGAGCUGUUGCUUGGCAGAUAUUUCUGAAGAAAGGGAACAAUUUGCCGCUCCGGCGGCCAGCUCUGUCCCCAGCCCUGGGACCCCCCGGUCCUGUGCAUCCCCGGGGGCUGCCGACAGCCCCCUCGCCGGCAGCGCGUGCUGUACCGAGGAUGCAGCGGUGCAGUGCGAGGCUGAGGACUUUGCUCCGGGUUCGGAGCGCUCGACCAGCCCCGCGGGUCCUGAGUUGUCCGACACGGACUCAGUGCAGAUGUUCCUGGAGCUGGAAGAGCAGUGCCUGAACGAGGACGGGGGCGAUGGGGCCAUCCCCGGCUGCCUGGAGGUUCAGGUCUGCCCGAUGGACUCAGAAGGACUGGACCCAGAUUCAGCCAAACUGGCCGGGGUGGUGGUCGAAGCGUGUCGGCAUAGGGCCCCUUUGGAUAUCAGCGCUUCGGACUCCGCCGUCGUGUCGGAUCUGGAGGACUUUGAUGUCACCUGCAGCUCGCAGGUGCUGAGCACGCUGGAGCCAGCGACAGAGCCCUUCUCAGAAAGGGACACCUCGGCCAUCACCCCAACGGACUCGGAUGGAGGGGCCUCCCCCCGCCCCGUGGCCACGGCAGGCGCAGGGUCCCUCCCUUUUUUGGAGGGUGAACCUGACCCACUGGUUGACCCAGAGCUCGUGGACAGUUGCGCGGUGGCGGUGCUGGAGGUUGGUGGGAUGUCAUCUCCUGAGAUGGGCACACAUCCAGCUUCUGGCUUGGAGGGAGCCGGUUACCCCAGCGCUCUGGUGGGGUGGGAUGAAGAUGACCAAGACUUGCUGGUCCCUGACGGUGAAGUAUCGCAUCUUCCCGAGGAGACCUGUCCUGGCCGAGUGUCCCCGGCUGGGCUGUCCCCCUGCCAGCCCCCAGCUCCUGACACGGUGGUGGAGGAGUUGGGGUCUCCCCCGCAGCACCAGGCUGGCAUUGAGGGGAUGGAUCCAUUCGGGACCCAUCACCUUCUGCCUGGAAGGACUGAGCUCGCCAACUGGGGCAUCCCAGAACUGGUUUCUGAGGAUGAAGCCACAAAUUUGAGAUCAGAGGGUGAUGGAACUGAGGGCCAGACUCAUCUAGCAGAAC